UCUAACCUACUAUCUCCUUCCCACGCCACGACCAACACCACCACCGCCGCCACUGCCGCCACAGGUCUCCCUCCACGGUCUCGUCAGCGCCUGCGCCGGGCCGCCAACGCCGUGCUCUCUUUGACCCAGUAAGGUCGUAGCGAGUGGCUCCGCGGACUCGCUGGAAACUGGGUGCUUGUCUCCGCCUCUUCCCCACACCGCUCGGAUCCCUCUCCCCUACCAAAAUCCAAUUCCUCGUUCCUCACCCCCCUCAUACGUGUCCCUAGGAAGGAAUCUUUUGCUUCUACAAGACCAAUCAUUAACCAGGAAAAAAAAUGGCUCACCAUCAAUUAAGUGAGCGACAGGGACAACGGUGAGGACACGAAUCAGGUGACCUCCCGCCUCAGUGCUCCCUCCCCCUGGGAUGCAUGCACUGUGGCGAGGCGUGGAUGCUUGGCAGUGUGACUUGCGCCCGCCACAAUACACCCGGUUUUCUGUCCAUCUCCCCAACCCAAGAGGUGUGGGGAGAGGGAUGAGGGCGGGCGGGAAGUGGAGGGAUGCCCGUGGUGUAUUGUGGGCGUGGGCGAGGGAGUGCAACCAAGCUACUCCCGCUGAAGAAUGACAGAGGCGAGGUGGAGACGAGCAAGUCAGUGACGUACUGUGUGCGGGCCGGCGGGGAGGCGGGGCCAGGCGGCGGCCCGCUGCCAGACCCAGCGCGCCACCACACCUCUCCCUUCUUCUCCCUGGACACCACGUGCUGUGAUGACUCUCACGACGCCUACACCGCCUCCCCCACCGGCAUCUACGCCCUGCUGGGCCUCUCCAGAUGCUGGUGGAAUUACACUGUAACGUCGCCGCCGGCGGCAGACGAUAUAGGUGACGUCAUGGAGGAGGGCGUGGCCACCGACCAGCGGGGCGGGACUGGCCCCGAGGUGACAGGGAUCGGCUGGUCUCUGCCAUGCAGUCUGUCUUCCCUCCUCGCCAUGAACUGUCGGGCGCGGGCGGAGGGCCUGGCGCGCCGCCUGCAGGCCAAGGUGCGACUCGGUAACGGCGGCACGUCAGCCUUCGAACAAACGUCGCUGGUCAAUCCUGGGCCGGACGACCACUACGCCUCCAUGGAGUGCCGCCACUCCUCCCUGGACGACCCGCACGUGGACCUGCUGGAGGGCUCCAGCCUGCGACCCAUCCACGUGGUGACCUCCGAGCCCACGCUGCACAUGUGUCACCCGCCGCAGCCUGACCUGGUGCACCUGCACGAGCAGGAUUCUGACGUGUACUACGACUUUGACCUGGCCAGCCCCGAUGAGCCGGCUGACGCCGAGGAGGACAGGGAGAGGGAGGACCAGCAGGAGGGCGGGGAGCAGCUGCGUCAGUCCGAGAGCGGAGAGAGGCCCGAGAGUGGCUGCGUCACCUCCGUCACAUCGCCCGUCAUGUUUGACGACGAGAGGGAAGACGAUGACGAGGAAAGUGAGGAGCUGUGCGUGGCGGUGGACCUCCACCGUGACGAGGACGUCGUCGCCUGUUCACCGGAUGCCGAUCUCCGCGCCGUCAGGCAAAUCUUGUCUCACUCAUCCCUUAAAGACGCCCACGACUUUGGAAUAGAGUCAGCUGACAGUGACGCCUGGAGACGAAAUGGCGAGUGUGAGAUGGUGGGCGUGCGGGGCGUGCAGGGGGGGCUGGGAGAGGGCGUGUGUGAGUGUAGUGAUGGACACAAGGAUUCGGUGGGGCACUCGGGCACAGAGGGCGCUGGGGGGCCGGCACACACCUGCACCCGGCACCCAGUGUGGGUCACCUCGCCAGUCGCCAAGAGCGGGUCGUGCUGGUGCCACCACGCCCCGGGCACGCCGCCGGCCGUGCCUCGCACCUCGGCUGGUCGCCUCGCGUGCUACGCUACGCCUACGCUUUACGACGCCGGCAGCACCAGGAGUAACGGAGGGCCGUGCUGGGGCCGCGAGGGCAGUGAGGUAUGCCGUGUUGAGGCUUGUGUGAUGAUCGAUAAUGAAGGUCAUAACAAAGACGACCAAGGUCACGAGAGCACUCAGCGGCUUGCGGGAGAGAGCGGGCAGCCCGCGAGGACUCUAUCCCCCAAGACGCUGCAGUCCUCGAGUCCCGAGGGCGAGCCCGCCGCCACCAGAGGCAAUGAGGAGGUCGAGGCGCCCCUCCCUGCGGAGGAGGAAGACGCCCUGAACAGUUCCCCGGAGAGCAGCGGUGCCCCGGAGGCUAUUUCUGGCAGCUCGCCUCCGCCGCCCGCCGAACCUCACCUCUACCCGACCUCUGGGGAGGAGCGUCCCGCCGAAAUGGAAGCGCGGGACGACGAGGCCGACCUCCCGCCCAAGGGGGAGGAGCUCAGCCUCGAGGACGACGCCGAAGUGAUCGAGACGCUGGACGAGGACGAAGAGGAGAGUGAGGAGGAAGAAGCCAACGAGGAAGACGUGGAGGAGGAGACCAUUCUUACCGGCAAGUUUCGUAACAUCCGCAGCUACAAGGAGAGAGUGCGGCGCCUGUCAGACGACAUCGAGGACCACCCGCUGCCUGUCACCGUCAUCACCUACGACGACGAGAGUCUGCCAGACCAGGAAGACGAUGUGGCAGAGUCCGCCAAGGCGGCGGAGGAGGAGGCCAUCUCAGGGUCCGAGCUAGCGUCGCAGCUGUCAGAACUGCAGGUGGAGGAUGUGGGCGUGCAGGUGGACACGGGUGACGAGGACGGGGAGGGCGAGGUGUCCAGCGACGAGGCCGCCACGCGGUCGUCGUCUGAGGAGACGGACCCAGAGAGGAUUGAGGAGUACAAAAUGAGGAUCAAACGGUCGUCUUCUCUCAAGUGUGGCAAGACGCCUCCGGGCACGCCGGGCAGGAAAAAGAUCGUCAGGUUCGCGGAUAUGCUGGGCCUCGACCUUGCCGCCGUGCGCACCUUCCUAGGAGGCGGCGUGCCCCACGUGCCCCGCUCCGCCUUCUGGGACCUGCAAGUGGAGGAGAGGCGCUCCAACGCGCGGGCGGCUGCCUCCUCCGCCGCCGUGGAGCUGGUGGAGCGGCAGGUUGGCGUACCGCGGCGGGUGCUCACGCCGCUGUUCCAGCAACCUGGCCUGCACGGCAACUUCCUGGAGCGGGUGAGGACGCAGCGCGUGGUGGUGGAGAGCGUCGACGUGGGUGACGACAUGAGUGUCCGCGGCGUGGUGCGCGUCCUCAACCUGGACUACCACAAGAGUGUGCUGGUGCGCUACACCUUCGACCAGUGGCGCAACUACCACGAGGCGACAGCGACUUACAUCCCCGGAUCUUACGAUGGACUCACGGACCAGUUCUCCUUCUUACUGUGGGGUAGCUUCCUUCAAGACAACGGCGCCCUAGUCUUCUGCGUGCGGUACGAAACACUUGGGGAGGCCUUCUGGGACAACAACUUCGGCAGGAAUUACGUAAUGCAGUGCUACACGACGUCUGGGCCUCAGAGUAUACCGGGCACGAGUAUAGUGUCCAGACCUCAGAAUUCCAGCAUGGUACAGCAACACUUCGAGGGAGGAGGGUCGAACUCCAGAGCGUACCAGCCCUUCGGUGGCGGCUCCCCCACCACGCCACACGACCCCUGGAUCACCAAGUUCUUCUAGGUUGGUGACUGGGCAAGACUGGUGCGCGUCCCGUCGUGUUCCUGCCUCGCCUUGCUCGCCCUCCCACCGCCAGCCUCCCUUCCUCCCUCCCUCCCUCAGUAGCUCAAGAGUUAUCCAAUUAUAUUUAUUUGUUAAGUCAGUGUAGGAAACAGGCUGUGGUAGACUAACAGAGGAGGGAUUGGCCAGAGCGGCUGAGGUGGAGGCGAGGAUUGGACUGGAUCAAAGGGAGGGUCGUCUUGGUGUCCUAUCAAGUCCUACAAGGUGUCCUACAAGGUGUCCUAUAAGGUGUCCUACAAGGUGUCCUACAAGCUGUCCUAUAAGUUGUCCUAUAAGGUCCUUCUCCCACGCUGUUUUGUGCUAUGGCUUCACUGCCUCGAAGGACGUCCACGAAAUACGCCGAGAAGUCCUGCGGGAUGCGCGUUAUGCAAGAGUGGAUGCUGUGUCCUUCAGGAGUGUGCUUGGAGAGGCCGUGACGUUUCCUACGAGGGACCGUAUUCUGAAACACUUCUGCGCCACACCUCCACUAAUUUCAAGAGUCUUUAGCUGAAGUGACACGGGUUUUUAAGAGUGUGUUUUUUUUUUUUAUGGUUCUAAUGGCAGGUUAACAAGCUUUCUACAUUAUUAACAGGAGAAGCACUCUUGAGAACCCAGCAUAUCAUCUAUGUGGACUUGGAAAAUAGUCAUGGUGAGAGAGCAUAGCAUUUUUUAAUACUGUCCCUUACAUUACAAGUGACGUUAUAGUGUAAAAACAAGUGACUGUGGAUUCCUGAUGACUGAAGGGUGGUCAAGGUGAAGUUAUCAUUACGACUUAAGGUGGCUCUCGUUUUUUUCCAUGAAGUGUUGACAGUCACCUGCCCAGAGGUACGCCAAAGCUUCCGUACAAGUGCAUAGCUUUUAUGAUUCAAUACACAGUUCAUGCAUAGGUACAACAGUUGUCCCAAGUAGUGACGUCACAAGUUCAGAGAAUUUCAUGGUUGUAAAUCGAGUAGAAAUCAGUAUAGAUAUGAACGAAUGAGCUGCUUUAUGUUCAGAGCCGCACAAAUACCAACAAUUGGAGUAUGCGACGAGUGGGAGUGAUUGUGAAGCAACGUUAUUUUGUAGAAUAUAACGCCACUGCUUUGGGCAACUGUACAUACCGCGCCCUUCCUCCCUCCACCCCGCCUUCUCAUAACAACUACCUCCCUUCUACUAGUCCCAUUCUGACAUCGCCGCUGAGGACGCGAGAAGCUCAAGUCCUCGGUGCAAGAUGAACAUCAAGCACAAACAACAUUGAGCGUCGGAAAUUAAGAGAAUUACGAGGCCGAGUCACGUACAGUUUUCUUCCUCCUGCUUAUCUCUUUAUGGUUAUUAACUUAUAGAUGAAGAGUACAUACAUAUAUGCAGAUUUAGUAUAAAUAUGGACGUACGUAAGCUUACAAAUAUGUAUUAAAGUAAGUGUUCGUUUGGAAGGAGAAAUACUUAGGGCAUACAUGGAGGUAAUUCGCGUCGGGGAACGGUGAGUCGGUAGCCGGAAUGUGCCAGCUAGCGAGCCGCCCUCCGCCAGCGAGCCAGCCAGCCAGCCGCCCCCCCAAUAAUCUCCUCCGCCACUCUGGACCCGAGCACUGUCCUGAAUUCAUGUGUAGCAGUUUAGUGUGCCAAAGUUCCCUUGGUAGUGCAAAUGGGUGUUACGAACGCGUGUUGACUCAUACCUCACCUCCAUACGCCAGAAAUGACCUCAUACUACCUGCAGGAGUACCGUGCACCACUCACAGGGUACCACAAGGUUAUACAGGGAAGACGACCGCCACUGUUUUCAUUAAGGUUAGUUUUACUUGCACGUAAUAUAUGUUUCUACCUAAUUUCGAAGGACAUUGAAACUAAAGCUUCCAAUGACGUACCUAGUUAAUGAUAGAACUGAGUCGUCAAAUACAUAAGCUCGUGUGGGUCAGGAAUGGUCUUGGAAUCGUGUUAUUUUGAAGCUAACUCCUGACUGGUGGUGAAGCCUCAAGUGAAUCCUCUCCCGCUCUCAGAGGAUUCAUAAAAGUGUUUCGAAAUGCAUCGACAACCCUCGCGCUGCUGAAAACAUGAACAGACGAAGGACCACAAAAAAUCAAAAGUGUUACAAGUGAAUACGAGUAUCAGUGUACCCGUCACAACUCCAUUUUCUACGCCUGAAAUGUCACCCAACUAACUCAAGUUCCUGAAGGAGGUUGAACUCUGAUCUGGCGUGACCUUACUGCCUGCAGGUCACGGGGCCUUGGAGAGACGCUGGGGCAGGCCUUGGCGGCUCCCCGUGAACCUCCCGUCAGGAGAAUGAAUCAGAUGAAAUACUGAACAGAAUCAUUUACAGUUUCACAUCCCCCAUGUUUUUGCUUCCUUCGAAUAGUCAUGUUUUGCUUGUCCUUGUGAGUUUUCUUUAACAGUUCCGAGUUAUCUGCGCUCAUCCAAUCUUGACCACUAAGCGCCCCUUCAAUAAGGCUUAAUUUUGAUCGGUGUCGUAAAAAGUUUCAGGUCUUAUUGCUUAAUGGUCAAAAUUGAUUAUACAUACGUACGUACAUACGUACACACACCACCACCAAAGUUAUUUUUUACCAUAAAUCCAAAAGUAAUAAAUAAAUGUAAAUUACCGAGCGAUGUAAAUAUCAUUGGCCACGAAUUCACACAUAUAUGCAUAACAUAACAUAACAUACCCUCCACUAUGUAUAAAAGAAAACCAGAAUAACCGAACAUAACGUCUACUGCAUACAUACAUACAUACAUACAUACAUACAUACAUACAUACAUAGAGUAUAUAUUGUGGAAGUUUUACAAAUCUCUAUAAACGAUAAGUCUUAUAUUGUAAAUCAAAUAUCUGUACAUAAAAAAUAUAUAUCACGUUUGACGCCUUUGUAACAAGACACGCUUAUGUUUUGUAAGGAGCAGAGUAUUGCCACACCUGUGCACGAGACUGGCAGGUGUAGUGAUGGAGUGGUGUUGUCGCCCAGGUGUCUUUAUGUACAUAGCUACUCCUCCCGCCGCCAGGUAAGGCAGGGAGGGCGAGGUGGAGGUGGUGAACAAGAGGCACAGCUAGGAGAUACGUUGUGUUCACUUACGUGGUAUGGGAGAGAGUUUUUGAACGUGAUCGCUGGUUUUUGUAAUCAUUCUUCUUCGUACAUAGCCUUAUCAUCCAUCUCUCUCGUCUCUCUCGCCUCCUUUUGCAUCUUACGUGUCCUUAUUCCCUCUUUACCUUCCUUUUUUUUUUACGUAAUCGGCGGAUUUUAUGAUGAUUUUUCCUCGUACAUAUUCUUAUCAUCCACCUUUCUCGUUUCUCGCCUCCUGUUGCAUCAUACGUAUCCUUAUUUCCUCUCUUGUCUUCCUCCUCUUUCUCUUUUUUUUUAAUUCAUGAGUGCACUUUAUAAAUAAUAUCCCUCAUCUUUAUCUUUCCUCAUCUGUUUGGUGUUCCUCUUUCCUCACUCGCUUGAUUUUUUCUUCUUUCUGCCCCAUGUUCUUCCAAAUUCUCCUUCGUCUGUUUCAUCUCCUCCUUUAUAUUUUAAUUUUUUUCAGUUCCUCAGUUCCCUGUGCUCCUUCCUCAUCCCCCACGUCCUCCACACCCUUCAGACUGAUCCGCAUUGCUAUUUUUUUAUCUAUUUUUUUUUUUUUUUCCGAGAAUCCCUCCACGUUGAUGAGUUUGUGUUGAAAGUGUUGGAGAACGCAUCAUAACAUUUAUUUUUCUUCUGCUUCCUUCGGGCCGGCAAGACGUGACAGGCUUGUUGUUAUAAAAAUGUAAACAGAUAAAAAAAAUAUAUAUAUUCCUGACAACCAGCCUGCCCUAAACGCAGGCUGGUCAAUAAAGAAUAUCAGUGUAUU